GCCGAGGUGUCGGGCUGGGCGGGCGCUGACUGGGGGUGAGCUGCUACUUCUACAACUUCCUGUAAUUACCCUGCAGCUGAGCAGCCCGCCCUCAGCCCCUGCUGGGCAGAGGCCCAGAGCAGCCUGCGCCUCCUGCACUCUUGGGAGUCCUGCACUCUUGCACUACCUCUGUGAUGCCGUUGUGAACCGAGGACUCCAGCCUUGCGCCUGAAGAUGGGGAACUCCUACGCGGGGCAGCUGAAGACAACGCGGUUCGAGGAGGUGCUGCACAGCUCGAUCGAGGCCUCCCUGCGCUCCAGCCAGCUGGUGCCCAGGCCCAUCUUUUCCCAGCUGUACCUGGAAGCUGAGCAGCAGCUCUCGUCCCUCGAAGGUGGCAGCCGAAUGGACAAUGAGGAUGAGGAGGAAGAGGCGGAAGGGGGCCUGGAGUCCAACAGUGCCCCUAAUCCCUGCCAGCUGCACCCUGUGCCUGACGGCUGCUGUACCAUGGAUGGCUUCUGCCAGGCUGGGAAGGACCUGCGCCUCACUUCCAUUUCCAGCGACCCUAUUGAUGUCCCUGCGGGCUUCCUGCUCGUGGGGGCCAAGUCCCCGAGCUUGCCCGACCAUCUCCUGGUGUGUGCCGUGGACAAGAGGUUCUUGCCAGACGACAAUGGUCACAAUGCCCUUCUUGGCUUCUCCGGGAACUGCGUUGGCUGUGGGAAGAAGGGCUUCUGCUACUUCACCGAGUUCUCCCAUCACAUCAACCUGAAGCUGGCCAGCCAGCCCAAGAAGCAGAAACACCUCAAAUACUACCUGGUGCGGAACGCCCAGGGAGCUCUCACCAAAGGGCCUCUCAUUUGUUGGAAAGGCUCAGAGUUCCGAAGCCGGCAGACUUCCGCCAGGACCGGUUCCACUUCUCUCUUCCCGCCACUGGAUGGCUCUGGGGCUCCAACCACCUUCCCCAGCGAGCCUGCUCCUGGAACCAACCCCAGCAUCCUGGUGGGCGCUCAGCAGGCAGGACCGCCUUCUGAUCACCCAUCACUCAGUGCAGCGCCUGGUCCCCCCCUCUUCAACGGCAGAGACUCCCCGGAGCACCGGCAGCUGACGAAGAAGAACCCGCCUGCGGCUCCGAGGCCUCCAGCCCUAGUUUGCAUCCCAGGUGUCUUGUCCAACUCGGGACCCCCGAAGAAACGUCACAAGGGGUGGUCUCCUGAAUCCCCAUCAGCUGUGGAUGCUGGCUGCCCGUCGGGUGCUGGGGUCAGAGCCAAGGGCGAAAGCGUAGGUGUCUCCUGCCUGCCCCCGGCUGGCUUGCUGGGACCCACAUCGGUCACCUUUCCUGUUGCGGCCUCUGGGGAGCCAGUGUCUGUCCCUGACAACCUGCUGAAGAUCUGCAAGGCCAGGCCGGUGAUAUUUAAAGGCCACGGGAACUUCCCUUACCUGUGUGGGAACCUGAGCGAUGUCGUGGUCAGCCCUCUGCUGUACACGUGCUACCAGAACUCCCAGUCUGUGUCCCGGGCGUAUGAGCAGUGCGGCGCCACCAGUGUCCAGCCCAUCUCCGAGGAGAUGCAGCUCCUGCUCACCGUCUACUACCUGGUGCAGCUCGCCGCCGACCAGGUGCCCCUGAUGGAGGACCUGGAGCAGAUCUUCCUGCGCUCCUGGCGCGAGUCACACCUGACCGAGAUCCGGCAGUACCAGCAGGCACAGCCGCAGCUCUUCCCUCCCGUGCCCAGCGCCGUGGCACCCGUGACCUCGGCUCAGCUGCCCUGGCUGGCCGGCCUGGCCGCCAGCUCCUGCAACGACAGUGUGUAUGUCAUUGAGUGUGCCUACUCCCUGGCCGAGGGCCUCUCAGAGAUGUUCAGGCUGCUGGUGGAGGGCAAGCUGGCCAAGACCAACUAUGUGGUCAUCAUCUGUGCCUGCCGCAACGCCGCCAUUCACUCCUGUAUCGCCGUCACUGGAAAAUACCAAGCUCGGAUUCUCUCUGAGAGCCUGCUCAGCCCUGCCGAGUACCAGAAGGAAGUCAGCACGGAGCUGGUCACCGGGAGAGUAGACUCGCUGGGGGCCUUUGUGAGCACUCUCUGCCCAGAGGGAGACAUUGACAUUUUGCUGGACAAAUUUCAUCAGGAAAAUCAAGGCCCCAUGUCUUCCUCGACUACUGCCUCCUCUGGCUCUCAAGCAGCACCUGUGGAUGUGAGCGGGGCACCUGUGUGCACAAGCUACCACCUGGAGCCAUGCAGCGUCCGGCCCUUCCAGCUGGCCGUGGCCCAGAAGCUGCUCUCCCACGUGUGUUCCAUUGCUGACUCCAGCACCCAGAACCUGGACCUGGGAUCCUUCGAGAAGGUGGACUUUCUGAUUUGCAUUCCCCCCUCGGAAGUGACCUACCAGCAGACGCUGUGCCACGUGUGGCACUCAGGUGUGCUGCUGGAGUUGGGGCUGGAGAAGGAGCAGCUGACCAAGCAGAGAGUGGAACAGUACGUCCUGAAGCUAGACGCGGGGGCACAGAGCAGAUUUAAGGCCUUCCUGCAGAACUCUCUCCAGAACCCACACACAUUGUAUGUGCUCAUCCACGACCACGCCCACUGGGAUCUGGUGAGCAGUGCCGUCCAUAACCUCUACUCCCAGGACGACCCCGGCGUGGGGUUGGUGGACAGACUGCUCAACUGCAGGGAGGUGAAGGAGGCCGCCAACAUCGUGACCCUGCACGUGACCUCUUUCCCCUACGCACUGCAGACCCAGCACACGCUCAUCAGCCCUUACAACGAGAUCCACUGGCCCGCCUCCUGUAGCAGCGGUGCAGCUUUGUACCAUGAGAAUAAGAAGUAUUUCGGGCUGUCCCAGUUCAUCGAGUCCACCCUGUCCGGCCACAGCCUGCCCUUGCUCAGAUACGACAGCUCCUUCGAGGCCAUGGUCACGGCAUUAGGAAAAAAAUUCCCCCGCCUGCACAGCGCGGUGAUCCGGACCUUUGUUCUCAUGCAGCACUAUGCCGCCGCGCUGAUGGCCGUGAGAGGCCUGCCGCAGAUGAAGAACCACACGUCCGUGGAGACGCUGGAGAUCGCGCAGAACCUGCUGCACGCCCCCGCCCACUGCCCCCGCGGCCACGGGCUCAUGGUGCUGCUGCGUGUGCCCUGUGCGCCGCUGGCCGCUGUGGCCUACCAGCGCCUGGCCCAUGUGCGGGCACGCCUGGCGCUGGAGGAGCACUUUGAGAUCAUCCUGGGCAACCCCAGCACGGGCGUCACGGUGGGCAAGCACUUUGUGAGGCAGCUCCAGAUGUGGCAGAACAUUGAGGAUGCGACGUGGAGACCUCAGACCUACCUGGAGUUGGAGGGCCUGUCUUGCAUACUCAUCCUCAGUGGGACUGACCCACUCGGGGAGUCCUUGCCCAGGUCGCUGAGGUACUGUGACCUGCGCCUCAUCAACUCCUCCUGCUUGGUGAGAACGGCUUUGGAGCAGGAGCUGGGCCUGGCCGCCUACUUCGUGAGCAGCGAGGCCCCGUUGGAGAAGGUGGCCAGGAGCGAGGCCUUAGAGAGCGACGCCGAGAAGCUGAGCAGCACGGACAACGAGGAGGAAGAGCUGGGGACUGAAGGUUCCACCUCGGACAGGAGAAGCCCGGUGAAGAGGGAGAGGCCUUGUUCCCAGGACUCAGCGUCCUCCCCGCUCUCCUCCAAGGCAUCCGGCUCUGCACUGGCUGGCGAGGCCAUGGCUCCGCCAGUGGGGCCUCCGCAGGGAGAGCAGGCCAGGUCUCCCUCUUCCCAGGAGGGCAGGGUCCCUGGAGAGAAGCCGAGAAACCGACCGGGCCAGGGCCCAGUGGCAGCUGCCAGCAGACACAGCCCUAGACACAGCAGCCUGCAGGUGGCGGUCACUUCGUCCUCCCAGCUGUCAUCCUGGAGUUCGUCGUCGUCCACAGCGCCCACCGCUGACCCAUUCAUCCUGCAGACCUCGCAGUGCUCCCUGACCAAGGCCUGCCGUCAGCCGCCCAUUGUCUUCCUGCCCAAGCUUGUGUAUGACAUGGUCAUGUCCACCGACAGCAGCGGCCUGCCCAAGGCUGCCUCGCUCCUGCCCUCGCCCUCAGUCAUGUGGGCCAGCUCCUUCCGCCCCCUGCUCAGCAAGACCAUGACGUCCACGGAGCAGUCCCUCUACUACCGGCAGUGGACGGUGCCCCGGCCCAGCCACAUGGACUAUGGCAACCGGGCUGAGGGCCGUGGGGACAGCUUCCAUCCCCGCCGGCUGCUGCUCAGUGGGCCCCCCAAGAUCGGGAAGACAGGGGCUUACCUGCAGUUCCUCGGUAUCUUGUCCCGGAUGCUCAUCCGACUGACGGAGGUAGAUGUCUACGAUGAAGAGGAGGCCCAUAUCAGCCUCAGAGAAGAGUCAGACUGGCAUUAUCUGCAGUUCAGCGACGCCUGGCCAGACCUGGAGCUGUUCAGAAAGCUGCCCUUUGAUUACAUCAUUCACGACCCCAAGUACGAAGACGCUAGUCUGAUUUGUACACAUACAGCGAGCGUCCCAAAUGAAGAUGGAGGGAUAGCCCGGAAGCCCGAGGACCUGUAUGUGCGGCGUCAGACGGCGCGAAUAAGGCUGCCCAAGUACGCAGCCUACAACACAUACCACCACUGUGAACAGUGCCACCAGUACAUGGGCUUCCACCCCCGCUACCAGCUCUAUGAGUCCACCCUGCACGCCUUUGCCUUCUCUUACUCCAUGCUAGGAGAGGAGAUCCAGCUCCACUUCAUCAUCCCCAAGUCCAAGGAGCAUCACUUUGUCUUCAGCCAACCUGGAGGCCAGCUGGAGAGCAUGCGCCUGCCCCUGGUCACAGACAAGAGUCAGGAGUACAUAAAGAGCCCAACGUUCACCCCGACAACUGGCCGGCACGAGCACGGGCUCUUUAACCUGUACCACGCGAUGGAUGGCGCCAGCCACUUGCACGUGCUGGUGGUCAAGGAGUAUGAGAUGGCCAUCUACAAGAAGUACUGGCCCAACCACAUCAUGCUGGUGCUGCCCAGCAUCUUCAACAGUGCCGGCGUGGGUGCCGCGCACUUCCUGAUCAAGGAGCUGUCCUAUCACAACCUGGAGCUGGAGCGGAGUCGGCAGGAGGAGCUUGGGAUCAAGCCGCAGGACAUCUGGCCUUUCAUUGUCAUCUCUGAUGACUCCUGCGUCAUGUGGAAUGCCGUGGACGUGGACUGUGCCGGGGAGAGGAGCAGGGAAUUUUCCUGGUCGGAGAGGAAUGUGUCCCUGAAGCACAUCAUGCAGCACAUUGAGGCGGCGCCCAACAUCACACACUAUGCCCUGAUUGGCAUGCGCAAGUGGUCCAGCAGGACCAAGGCCAGCCAGGUGCGGGAGCCCUUCUCCCGCUGCCACGUGCAUGACUUCGUCGUCCUGAACGUGGACCUCACCCAGCACGUGCAGUACAACCCAAACCGGUUCACGUGUGAUGACGUGGACUUCAACCUGCGGGUGCACAGUGCCGGCCUGCUGCUGUGUCGAUUCAAUCGCUUCAGCGUGAUGAAGAAGCAGAUUGCCGUAGGUGGACACAGGUCCUUCCAUAUCACAUCCAAGGUGCCCGAGAACACUGCAGCCGUGGUGCCAGCGCAGUACAUCUGUGCGCCCGACAGCAAGCACACGUUCCUGGCUGCGCCCGCCCAGCUCCUGCUCGAGAAGUUCCUGCAGCACCACAGCCACCGCUUCUUCCCGCUCUCCCUCAAGGACCUGGGCCACCCGGUGCUGUCAGUGGACUGCUACCUUAACCUGGGCCCUCAGGUCUCUGUCUGCUACGUGAGCUCCAGGCCCCACUCUCUGAAUGUCAGCUGCCGCGACCUGGUGUUCAGCGGGCUGCUGCUCUACCUCUGUGACUCUUUCGUGGGUGCUGACUUUCUGAAAAAGUUCCACUUUCUGAAAGGCGCCACCUUGUGCGUCAUCUGCCAGGACCGGAACUCGCUGCGCCAGACGGUGGUGCGCCUGGAGCUGGAGGAGGAGUGGCAGUUCCGCCUGCAGGACGAGUUCCAGACGGCCAACGCCACCGAGGACCGGCCGCUCUUCUUUCUCACGGGACGGCACAUCUGAGGGAAACAGCUGCAGAGCUGGCACGGUCAGAGCCCUCGGGAGGC